UAAUAAAAUGUGUUAUACUGAGCGGCGGUCCAGAUUAUCGAUAUGUAUAUGUAUUUGUGUAAAUGAUUGUAUAUGUAUAUAUAACAUUAACACUUGUGUAACUAGCUUCAAAAAGAUUGUCACUUGCUUAUUAAAACGAACUAUGGGGUUCCUGUACCCAUUAUGUGCCCCCGUAACCCACUCCACCACCACCGCCCACAGGAUGGGGUGCAUGAUAAAAAAAUUGAAAUGUGUGUGUUACAGACGACGUCGGUGACGGAGGCCCUGUCGACGUGGGGCGGCAUUAUAGACGGAGAAGAGACGGUGGUGAACGGGGUAGAGGCCGGAGGAGACCCCUCACCCACGCCCCAACCCUCCACGGACCUGCCCCUCCGUCGCCACACGCCCGACGACCCUUCGCCAGAGGCAGGAGCAAAGCCCCUGGAGGAGAAGAAGCCCCUGGAGGACGACAAGAAGCCCCUGGAGGUGGAGGAGAAGCAGAGUAUAGAGGAGACCAAGUCCGUAGACUUCGAGGUGGAGGAGACGGGCACUACUGAAGAGCCGACCACCAUUCCUCCCAAGGCCCAAGCUUAUGCCCCCUCCAGCAGCCUGCGAGUGUGCCCUGGAGUAUGUGUGGCAAACCGUAUCAGUGAGUACUGCGAGGCAGCCUUGGACGUCAGUCAGCUUUGCCGGACAGGACUUCGCUGCUGUGUUUCCGGUGACCUCUUCGCUGACGUCGAUGACCCACCUAAAGAAUUUGUCCUUCUCAACCCCAAGAAGUCCACAGUGGAGCCAGAGCUUCAUCAGAAUGUGAAGGAGGAAGAGAUAACAAGCACAGAAAGAACCACCAGUAGCACCACCAGCGCCACCACCACCACCAGCACCUCCACUCGCCGCACCACAGUUUACACCCGUCAGCCAAUAUCCACUGCUAAGCCCAACAGAGAUAUUCCACAAGAGCUGCGUUGCAAAGGCACUUGUGUUGCUGGCUUCUUUGCCUUCCUCUGUGAUGAAGUUGACCGUUCUGGAGUGUGUCCUAGAGGAGGCAGGUGUUGUGUCACUCAGCGACGUCCAACCAAACAAAAACCUUCCACCAACUCCUCACAACCUGUGAGAACCACAACCACAACAACCACCACUACCACCACACCACAGACCCCUCCCUCACGAUCACCUCCUACUCCAUCUCUACCCCUCUGUCCAGGUACCUGUCUUCCUACCCUUGUUUCAUCCUUCUGCAGCCAACCCUCUGUUUUGGUCGAAGCUUCUGGUUGCGAGAAAGGCACUGUCUGCUGUGACAACCGUGCCGAGAAUCAGACGCCACUACCAACACCGCCACCUACAAGAGAACCGUACCAUUCAUCACCACCACCUACCAGAGAACCCUACCGCCCAUCACCACCACCUAUCAGAGAACCCUACCGUCCACAGCCACCACCUGCCAGGGAACCUUACCGACCACGACCCCCUCCGGAGAGGCCAAUCUCACCAACAUUUGAGACAUUAGCAUCACUUUUCACACGUCCCCCUGCACAUCACAGACCAAUAGAAAAUCCUUAUAGACCACCACCCAUCCAACAGCCACCACCACCUCCACGCCCUCCAACAACCACCACCACUACUUCCACAACCACUACCACUACUACCACCACAACAACACCUGCGCCAACAACUGAGCCACCUGAUCUACGAGCUGAAUGUCCCGGUACCUGCAUACAGCCAUUCCUCUCCUUCACUUGUUUUGGAAAUGCUGAGAUGACAGACUUGUUCCUGUGUAGUAAACCAAGCACAGAAUGUUGCUCCCCAAAGUCUGCCCUCAGGGAUGUUCUUCGAUAUGAGGAGAUUCAAAACACAGCAAGAAAUGACACAGUACUGGCUCAUCCUUUCGAAGGGUCGUAUGUUCAGCCAUAUGGUGAGCCCGGUUAUGAACAUAAUGUGUACGAGGAGACUCCGUUUGACACCUCAAAUUAUCCCCCGUAUGACCAGACGCCUCACGACCAGUCUUCCUACGAGCCACCCCAAUAUGAGCCUCAUAACUAUGACCAUCAACCAUAUGAGCAACAACCAUACGAGCAUCCACCCUACGAGCACACACAAUAUGAGCAUUCACCCUACGAGCACCCACCGUAUGGUCAGCCAGCUAACAAACAACCUUCCUAUGAACAGCCACCGUAUCAACCAUACCAGCCAGAGCACCAACAUGAGCGGCCUUACACACCAUUGGCAAAUGUAACACAAGCACCCUCUGAAGUAUUGAGACCUACACCCGAGUCGGCAGUGAGGAACAAAUAUGUGUGUGGUGUGAAGGGCACACAGAGGAGUGGGCGUGUUGUAGGCGGAGAAGACGCCCUUCCUGGAGAGUGGUGUUGGCAGGUGGCUCUCAUCAACUCCCUCAACCAGUACCUGUGUGGUGGAGCACUGAUUGGCACUCAGUGGGUCCUUACUGCUGCCCAUUGUGUCACCAACAUUGUCCGCUCUGGUGAUGCCAUAUAUGUGCGAGUUGGUGACCAUGACCUCACCACCAAGUUUGGUUCCCCGGGAGCCCAGACUCUGCGCGUCGCCACCACUUACAUUCAUCACAACCACAACUCUCAGACGCUGGAUAACGACAUUGCACUUCUCAAGCUGUAUGGCCAUGCUGACCUGAAGGAGGGUGUGUGCCUAGUGUGCCUCCCUGCACGAGGCGUUAGUCAGGUGGCCGGCAACAGAUGCACUGUUACAGGUUAUGGCUACAUGGGUGAAACUGGGCCCAUUCCCUUGCGUGUGAGGGAGGCCGAGGUGCCUGUAGUGUCGGACAAUGAGUGUGUCAGGAAGAUCAACGCCGUUACCGAGAAAAUCUUUAUCUUGCCAGCUUCCUCCUUCUGUGCUGGUGGGGAGAGUGGACAUGAUGCCUGUCAGGGUGAUGGUGGUGGCCCUCUAGUCUGCAAUGUGGAUGGAUAUUACGAGCUAAGUGGACUUGUAUCGUGGGGCUUUGGGUGCGGUCGGCAAGAUGUUCCUGGAGUCUACGUCAAGGUCUCCUCCUUUAUUGGAUGGAUUAACCAAAUUAUAUCUGUCAACAACCUUUAGGGUUUCAUGGCAGCAAUCAAACAUUCCUACGCUCAAGUAUUUUAUAUGGUUCAAAUAGGCUUUCUUGGCAAUGAUUUCUGCGAAAGGAUAUUUUCUUCUUUUGGACAUAGGUUAAAAAGGGAGGGUUUACAAUGCUAUCUUUGCUCUGGGUGAACACAUUGAAAAUUUUGGAUAUGGUCUAGUGGGUAUCUUCAGAUAAGACAAUAUCUUGGAGAGGAAUUACGGGAAGUGUGACCUCUGUUUUCCCCUGUGAGGUUUGGUCUGGAUGGUCAUAUCUGUUUGUUGUUGUUAAGUUUUGUUUGUGCUUGUAACCUGUGGCUUUUUCUCCACACAGCAUUUACUGAGCAAAAAUUACAGAAUCCUAAUUGAGUUAAUGUUCAUUAAUCUCAUUUUUCCAUUAGCUGUAGCUUGUCUUAAAAUGUUGCUGUGUUCCUGUUGAUCCCACUUCCCACCCACACACAAACAAAAUCAUUCAGACUAAUAUCUUUAAAUUAAAAAAUCUAUUAUCAAUUGAAAACCAAAGUUCUCACCGUGAAAAAAUACUGUAAGCCAUAAUAAGCUAUAGGGGAUAUUAUUGUUCUUGUUGUUAUAUUAAUAUUGUUAUAUUUAUAGUAAUUUAUUUUUAAUAUUUAGUGCAAACCCAUGAACCAUAGGCCACAAUGGUGGGGAUUAUCUGAUGUUAUGGCAUUUGUUUGUCCCAAGAAUGUCAAAUGAUGUGGUGAUUUGACAGUAGAGUUUGCUAUAUCAACUCACAGUUGACAUUAUAGACAAUAUUUGUCACAUGCCAUUGGCAAUAGUGUUAAGAUGUAAUACAUAUCGUGAUGAAGUGUACUCUGUGGUUGAAAGCGUGAUUGAGCAGUGAUCAGCGUGUGGGAGUGUUUUGGAUGAAUCGUUGUGUUUUUAUGUUUCAGAAACUCAAAACUGGUACCAUAACCACAACUUGUAUUGACUGACAUUAUUCACUCUACUGUAUUUAUUGAAAUCACAGUUACGAAUAGUUGACUGAUAGAAUUUGACAUUUCAUGUUCUAGUUACCAAAGACAGUUUGUAGAAGUCUGAGCUGUAGAAUGGUCAUGUUUGAUGCUUAUAAUGAUUAUCAAAAGUAAUCUACCACUGAUCAAGAUUUUGAUCAAGACAAACCACUGAUAAGACAAUUUACCACUGAUCGAAAUAAGACAAACUGACCAUAUGAUAGAAAUAAACUUUGUCAGUGUUUGGGGAGCAACGGGGGACCGAAGCUGCCAUGCUUGUGUAUGUAGCCAAAGACUUAACUGACUGAUUUUUGUAAAUAUUUAUUUGUCUUGUAUUUAUGUUAACAUCAGGGAAAAUCACAGCUAUGAAAUAAUAGAAUAAUGUUUGAACCUUAUAAUGCACUUUUAUUAACAAGUUAUUAAAAGGUCUUAAGGACAAAAUUCUAUUUCUUAGAAUAUAUUUCCUGAACACAUAAGUUCAUGAUGUACAUAGAUCUUAAUACCAAUGUAAGACACUGAAAUAUUCUUAGUUUUUAUAUCCAUGUCUAAUACUCUUGCCACUUGUCAUCAAGAUUAGAUACUUGUGCAUUAUUCAUACCUAGUAUUUAGUCACUUGUCAUCAAGAACAGAGAUAAAUUGUACAAUAUCUAAGACUAAUAGGUUUAGUCUUUUGUAUUAUUCAACGAGUCCCAAAGACACCAAGAUGACUGAAGAAUAAUUUUGGAUCUACCACAUUAUUUCCAGUUUAUUACUGGAAAUAUUAACAGCUUAUUACCAGUUUCGAGUGCGGCGGACCGAGGCAGGCGCAAAAAUGAGGGCUUCAGCCCUCUUCCCUCGGCUAUUUAUAGCCACCUGUACCGUCCGCGCUGCGCUUGCGGGACGCGCUGCGCAAUUGUCUCUUUUUUCCCGCCAGAAACAGCACCGCUUUUCUGCUAAAAGCAGUGUCCAUUAACUAUUGUACUGUAUUCCCAAAUCUCACAAGUGAUUAACUACAAAAGCAUUGAUCAGUGAACUCGUGUCUUCUUUUGUGUUGAAAAAACUUGUACUGUGCAUUUUAAAGAUAUCAAAAAGAGAUCAUUGUUUGGGGGGGGGGGGGUUCAUAUUUCCUAUACAAAUUCACAUACAGUACCGAUACUGUAUUUUGGAUGACUUGAUACAUAAAUGUUUUCCUGUAAAAUAAUUUAUACUGAAGAAGUGAUUACCCUGGUGCUUAGCUUGACUGUAUGACUACAGGGCAGGAAAUUUGACAUCAAUGGACUGCUUAUAAUAUGACAAUAAACUAGGAUGCAUAUUGUACUAUAAGUUGCAUUAAUCCUACAUUAGUCUGUAUAGAGUCUGAAACCAUCUCUGAUGAUUUAGACUCUGAUUCUGUGCUUUAUUCAUUCCAUUUUAUUUCAGGGAGAACAUGUAUUAAUUUGAUCAAACAUUUGACCAACAUAUUAAAAUCCCAAAUGACCUUUAGAGCCCUAAAUAAUAUACAGUACUGCAGUUAUGAUGUGUAUAUGGUAUCGUCAUUUAUGUUUAAAUGAUUUCUAAUGUUUAGGACCAACAUUUCAAUGCCCUUAAUGGCAGAUCUGUACACUGAUUUGAUGUUUAUAAAGUAGUGUUAUAUAUAUACCAACUGUAAGGUUGGUAAUUACAAUGAGACUUGGCCAACAACUCUGAACCAAUUAUUAGUCUCUAAUAUAUAACAUGAACAGCCACCACUUUAUGACCUACACAGUCACUACAGUAUAACACAAACACCCACCACUAUAUAACCUGAACAAUCAUCACAAGUUAAUAUAACUACUCACAAUCGGGAAUCCCGGGCAGGGCAAAAAUGGUGGGGUACAUUUCCUUUCACCUAAUGCCUCUGUUCACCUAGCAGUAAACAGGUACCCCAGAGUUAGUCAAUUGUU